ACCUAAUAUCAAGACAGCUCCGGAAAGCAAAUAGACAGUGACAGUAAAUCCCCCUUUUACCUCUUCAUAACAAAAAAGUUCGACGGUUAGUAUAUCAGAAAAUGGCACCGGCCGCUCAACCUAAAACGGAAUUUAAAACUCCAAUUUCCAUCAUGAAGAGCAAAGAACAAGCAUGGGCAAAAUUAGAAAGAGCUCCAUUCCCGGCCCCAGACUUAACAAAGCUGAAGACAAUGACAUACUUCGAUAAUCCCAUAAACUACGAAUUCAAACAAGAAUACGAUCACUUCUUCGCGUUUACAAAAACGCUUCCACUGUUCGAUCACAGGAAAAGAACUGAUAAUAGAGCUUAUCCGGCGGAUAUCAGAGAGCACAUCUUUCAACAGGAGAAAAGGAAGGCUGUACCCGCAACUACCUCGUUGGUAUACGGCAGACCUUGCAGAGUUCAAAUUGAUUUUCCCAUGAUGCAGUACUUUAGACAAGCUGAAAUUGCGUCGAUGUAUAGAAGGAGUGGAGUCAUGCCACCAAUUGAAAGGGAGUUGAUAUAAAAUCAACAAAUGAAAUAGU